AUGGGUGAUCUAGCGAAGCAGAUAUUGACUCGGCCGAUUCAACUUGCAGACCAAGUGGUGAAAGCCGGGGACGAAGCCACAAUCAACAAGCAAGAAUGCGCCGAGAUCAAGUCCAAGACAGAGAAGCUCGCUGCUCUUCUCCGUCAAGCGGCGCGUGCUAGCUCCGAGCUCUACGAACGUCCCACGCGCCGUAUCAUCGACGACACUGAAAACGUUUUGGAGAAAGCAUUGGCGAUGGUCCAGAGAUGCCGUGACGAUGGCUACAUAAUGCGUCUCUUCAACAUAAUCCCCGCCGCAACAUUCCGGAAAAUGAUUUCCCAGUUAGAAAACUCCGUCGGCGAUGUCUCUUGGCUCCUCCGCGUCUCCACUCCCGCCGGUAACGACGACGACGAAGGCUUCGGUUACUUAGGCCUCCCUCCAAUUGCAGCCAACGAACCAAUCUUGUGUUUGAUUUGGGAGCAAAUUGCGGUUUUGAUGACCGGUUCGCCGGACGAUAAGUCCGACGCCGCCGCGUCGUUGGCUUCGUUAGCGAGAGAUAACGACAGAUACGUGAAACUGAUAGUGGAGGAAGGUGGAGUCAACCCCUUGCUAAAACUGUUGAAAGAAGGGAAAAUCGACGGUCAAGAAAACGCGGCGAGGACGAUCGGGUUAUUGGGUCGAGACGCGGAGAGUGUGGAGCAGAUGAUUCAGGCUGGUGUUUGUUCAGUUCUAGCGAAUAUUCUCAAAGAAGGUUCGAUGAGGGUUCAAGCGGUUGUGGCUUGGGCGGUUUCUGAGCUUGUCGACGGGAAUCACGCGAAAUGUCAAGAGUUGUUCGCGCAGAACAACGUGAUUCGGCUGCUCGUGAGCCAUUUAGCGUUUGAGACGGUUCAAGAACAUAGCAAAUACGCGGUUGUUGCGGGUAGAGCAACGUCGAUGCAUCACGCCGUCGUGAUGGCGAGCAAGAUCAGUAGUAAAGAGAAUUUGCCGGCGUUGCACGAGGAUGAAGAUAAUUUGAUCGGAGUCGAGAAUCCAAUGCUGAAUCAGAUGCAUAGCAUCGUUGCGACUACAAUAGCGAUGAAAGCAGUUGGAUCGGGAACGGGAUCGAAUCCGUCUGGCCGUUUUGAUACCGGUGAGGACGAGAAACCGCCGGAAAAGUUGCCGGGGAAGAGCUAUAGCUUGAAUUCACAUAAGAAUCUUAGCAAGCCUUACAAUACGGCACAUCAAUCGCGGAACGCGUCGGUCUCGAGAGGGAGGGAGCUCGAAGACCCGGUGACGAAGACCUACAUGAAAGCGAUGGCGGCGAGAGCGUUGUGGAAACUCGCUGUAGGAAACGCCACGAUCUGCCGAGUCAUCACCGAGUCACGAGCUUUGCUCUGCUUUGCGGUUCUACUGGAGAAGGGAGACGAAGAGACGAAAUACAAUACAGCUAUGGCUAUAAUGGAGAUAACCGCCGUUGCGGAGGAAAACUCAGAUCUGAGAAGAUCCGCGUUCAGACGCACUUCACCGGCGUGCAAAGCGGUUGUUGACCAGUUAUUCAGAAUCGUGGAUAACGCUGACGCCGGCUCCGAUUUGCUCAUCCCCUGUGUCAGAUCCAUCGGAAACCUAGCCCGAACCUUCAAAUCCGCGGAGACGCAUAUGAUCGUUCCUCUGGUUAAGCUCCUCGACGAUGGAGAACCAGAUUUAGCGGCGGAGGUAGCGAUCGCGCUUGCGAAGUUCGCGACGGAGGAUAACUUCUUAGGGAAAGAACACUCGCGGACGAUCAUCGACGCCGGAGGAUCAAAGCUUCUGGUGCAGCUAGCGUACUUCGGAGAGAACGGAGCUCAGAUUCCGGCGUUGGUUUUGCUGAGCUACGUGGCGAUGAACGUCCCUGACAGCGAGGAACUGGCGAAGGACGAAGUACUAACGGUUUUGGAGAGGGCAUCGAAGCAAGGGAAUGUGACGGAGGAAGAAGAUAUGGAAGCUUUGUUGUAUGAAGCUAAGAGCAGGCUCGAGCUUUAUCAGUCCAGAGGAUCCAGAGGCUUUCACGUAUGA